AUGGUUAUCACUGGCAGUGACACACCUGGUAUCAAUUAUCUCAAGUCACAUCUCAGUGAAUGUUUUAAGAUGAAAGAUCUAGGACCUUUAAGUUAUUUUCUUGGCAUUGAAGUUGGCACGUCUUCCACCAGUUGCUUCAUAUCACAGGUAAAAUAUGCUUCUGAGAUUAUACAAUGUGCAGAGUUAUGUGAUAAUAAGGUAACUGACACACCUCUAGAAUUGAAUGUGAAAUAUAGUCCUACAAAUGGGACUUUAUUGUCAAAUCCAACAUUGUAUCGUCGGUUAGUAGGAAUCCUUAAUUAUUUGACUAUUACAAGACCAGAUAUAAGUCAUGUAGUUCAUAUAGUCAAUCAGUUUAUGUCUGCUCCAAGGUCUACACAUUAUGCAACUGUUAUUAGAAUUCUAAGAUAUAUCAAGGGGUCUCUGUAUCAAGGUAUGUGUUUCUCAUUUAAAUCUAAUCUCACCCUUCGAGCUUAUUCUGAUUCAGAUUGGGCUGGGGAUGUUACCGACAGAAGAUCUAUUACGUACAGGAUAUGUGUUUUCUUGGGAGAAUCUUUGAUUUCCUAG